AUGAUAUUGAGAUGUUGCUUAAUCCUCUUAAGAACUUCUUGUGAAAGCUAUAAAAGUACGUCAGAUGUGUACACAACUCAAAUAAUAAAUUGCCGAAUAAAUACUUUGAGUCAAUAUUUGACAAAUGUAUUAGGGAUGCGAUGUCACAUGCGACAGACAUUGAAGGGAAGAGGUUUAAGUUGA